AUCUUUUAUCAAAAUGUUCCUUAUUCCAGCUAAAUAAUGUCCCUUAUUCUAGCUAGAUUAGUCCGUUAAAGUUUUCAGAUAAUAUCCUUCACCAUCAUAUGUCAUUCCUUUGUUUUUUAUCUUCAAAAAGGUAAAAAAAGAAUGUCACCACCGCGAUCGUGCCGCCAGUUUAGUGGCGCAAAUAUUGUAGUCGUAAUUAUAAUGUUAAUGGCUUCUCCUCAAUUCCACCACUUCACUUUAUUCUGAUUCUCUCUCCUCUCUCUCUCUAAAACCACCAUUGUUACUCUUUCAAAUACCGCCAUUGCAUGCUUUUCUCUUUCAUCUUCUACCCCAGAUUUCUCAUUUUACAGAAUCAAACCUCCCAAUUCAAUUACUUGUGAUUUAAGGAGGGAAUGCUAACACAUUAAGGAAUUCUUUAUCGCUUUUUGCCACUGUAAUAUGGAGACCGAAAUGAGUGGCAAGAGCAAUGAUCACUCAAACCACAGGAGAAAUUCCACAACAAAGGCAGAAGUUCCUAAGUCUCAAAGUUAUAGAGAUGUUAUGCCAGGGACAGAUCUUUGGAUAGAUGGACUUAUCUGCGCUUUUGAAUAUGUACGAGGUCGACGCAAAGUGCAGAAACAUAAGACUUCAUCAAAGUUUCCAUACUCAAGAAAGGUGGAAAAUGAUGAUCCCCAGAAGCAAACAUAUACAUACGCAGAAGCUGAUCCCAGUGUUCAAAAUGGGAUCUAUAAUCCAAAUUGUUCUUACCAUGCAGAGUUGAGAUCUUGUCAACUUUCCACUCUGGAUGACAACAUUGAUAAUCAAGCUUGCAAAAUAGAGCAGUUUCAUGAAAGUCGUUGGGUGCCAAUUGGUUGGACUAGAUUAUUUGAACUUGUUAAAGAAGUUCAAAUAGAUAUUGACUGGGAAGCUCAGCAAUUUGAGUUCAUGGAUACAGAGGAUGAUGUUACUGUGGCGGAAUUGGCAGCCCCGUACUGGGAGCGACCUGUUGGUCCUGUUUGGUGGUGUCACGUAGAUGCAAGUCACCAGAAUAUCAUUUCAUGGCUUGGCAAUGCUCAGUGGUUACACCCAGCUGUUAGUAUUGCUCUGAGAGAUGAAAGUCGCCUGAUAAGUGAGCGGAUGAAGUACCUUCUUUAUGAGGUCCCAGUGAGGGUUGCAGGUGGGAUAUUGUUUGAGCUUUUGGGGCAGUCAGCUGGUGAUCCGGUGGUUGAAGAAGAUGACAUUCCUGUGGUUCUACGUUCUUGGCAAGCACAAAAUUUUCUGGUAACAGCUAUGCAUGUUAAGGGAUCUACAUCAGAUGUAAAUGUCUUGGGCGUGAUGGAAGUACAGGAACUUCUUAUUGCAGGUGGUUAUAAUGCGCCAAAAACAAUACAUGAAGUCAUUGCACAUCUAACUUGUCGUCUUGCGCGUUGGGAUGAUAGAUUUUAUAGGAAAUCCAUAUUUGGUACUGCAGAUGAAGUUGAAUUGAAGUUUGUGAACAGGAGGAAUCACGAAGAUUUGCAUCUUUUUGGCGUGAUUCUCAACCAAGAAAUUAGAAAGUUGUCAACACAGGUCAUUAGGGUCAAGUGGUCACUCCAUGCAAGGGAGGAGAUCAUAUUUGAGCUUCUCCACCAGCUACGCGGUAGUGCAGCUAGAAGCUUACUGGAUAUGGUAAAAAAGAGUACAAGACAAAUGCUUGAUGAACAAGAGGCAGUUCGUGGUCGCUUAUUUACAAUUCAAGAUGUAAUGCAGAGUACUAUUCGUGCAUGGCUGCAGGAUCGAAGCCUUCGAGUUACACACAAUCUAGGUGUCAUUGGUGGAUGUGGUCUUGUUUUAUCUAUCAUAACUGGGCUGUUUGGUAUCAAUGUCGAUGGCAUUCCCGGUUCUGAGAACACACCAUAUGCAUUUGGUCUAUUUACAGCACUUCUAGUGGUUAUAGGGGCUAUUCUGAUUGGGGUUGGCUUAAUAUAUCUUGGGCUAAAACAGCCUGUCAAUGAAGAACAGGUAGAGGUGAGGAAAAUGGAACUUGAGGAGUUGGUGAAGAUGUUCCAGCACGAGGCAGAAACUCAUGCCCAAGUUCGCCAAGAAAAUCCACGGAAGAGUUUGCCAUCCACUGCCAGAGAUCAGUUUCCACGCGAUGCUGAUUAUGUGAUAAUUCAAUGAAAACAUGAAUUUUCAGUUAGGCUCGAAGUCAGCUGGAAACCUUUCUGUUUACUAUUUGCUCUGAACUUCUGAAGAUAGUGAAUCGAUAACAGAAAUUCUCUCCCAUGCUAUGCUGUGUUCAGACAACUUAUGAUGACCGCCAGCGCUGGUCCUUAGUGAGAUUUAACGCUAGCUGGUAGGAUUUUUCAACAUUGAUUAUGAGCAGCAAAGGAGUUGAUACUGUGUUAGAGGCUAGGCUCCUGUAAAGAAAAUCUUUGUGCAUAUAUUGAAUGAUAUAAAGCCGUGUCAAGGCACUGGUACUACAAAUUGUAGUAUGAAUGUCAAUGCAAUUAUAGAAAAGGAUUUAUUCAUUUUUUUUUUAAUUUAUUUUGUAUAUUUUUGCGGUGUGAAUUCUUCGUUAAUUACUCUAAUUUUUUUAUCUUGGAAAAUUUUCCAGUUUGGUGCUUGAUGGUUGGUUCAUUCAACUUUGGUGCUCUAAGUUUUAUACUUGUGUAAAACUUUGAUGUCCGCACUUGGGAGAUUUAUAUCAUUGUCACUUUAACGUACGGUUUACUUUGUUAAUCAAAUUGCAUUAAAAGGGGUUCGAAUCCCCUAAGUUUAUACAGAAACUGUGUUUCAAUUUGGUGCUUUA